AUGAGAAGGGAGAUGAAUAAUAGAAUUUCUGAAAUGGAAGCCGAAAUGCAAAAGCAGCGUAGUAGAACUAUAGAUGUUGUAGCAGAGAAGGAGAGAGAGCUUGAAGCGGCGAGAUCAGUGUUGGUAUCCUUUCGCAGUGAGCAGAUGAGUGCUCCUGCUGAUCCGGCUCAAGCAGGCAAAGUCACGCUGUCUAAAAGGCGAUCCAGUGAACACAAACGUUAUGUAGAUAGAAGGUACAGUGCGGGUUCAAGAAAAAGCAUGGAUGCAGUUUCAGUACAUAGCUCUGAUGCUAAUGCAGAUGGAAGUGGUGUUCCCAUCCCAGUAGCAAAUGAGUCUCGUAACAUAUUCUAUGAAGAAGAGUUGUUGAAGAAAGAUCGCGAGAUCCAAGAAAUGAGAUAUGGGCGAUCGCUAGUGGUGCAGGGAGCUUGA